AUGGCGGUUACUACAGUCCAAAUUAUGGGUGAAUCUGAAAUGAAUUUUAACCCACAUAAUGACGAACCAUUGAAGCAUGAGCAUAUGAUUUCACAAAAUGAUGUUAAAUAUGAAGAAUGUUUUGAAUUGUAUAUAAAUGAUAUGCUUACGAUUAAAUCAUUUGCUGUUUCUGAUAAUAAACUAGUUUCUAUGCCAAUUUAUGGUGAUGAAGAUGGUCUAAUAAAAAAAAUUGGAGUUUUCGAUUUUCUAGGUCUUCCAUAUUCUUCUUAUUUACUUAUAUAUCUAAAUUUUUUAGAAGAUAAUGAUUUGGUUGCUAUCGUUGAUAGUUUGAUUGGCAGUUUUAAUGGAUAUAAGAUAUAUGUCUUUACUCAAAAAAAGAACAGGCUGAUUCGCAAAUCAACAAUAAAAUUGGACAUAAAACCUCAUCAAAUUUUCAUGUCUCCUAAAGGAAAACUAUUUAUAUAUGAUAAUGAUAUAGGAAAUAUUACAAAAUGGGAUAUAAAAACUUUAAAAUUUGAGGCACACUUUUUAGUUAAACCUUUUACUGAUAUUGAUAUAAAACUAAGUGACAACGGGUUAUUUUUAUUAGUAUACGCAGUAAGAUAUGUCGCAAAAAGAAUGGUAGAUUCUAGUAUAUUUAUUUUUUUGGCUGAAAAUGGAAUGAAAUUUACAUCAUAUAAUUGGGGUGGAUUAGAAAUAUAUGCAUUUGACCUAAUUGCUUCCGAAUUUUGUGCUCGACUUCUUAUAAUGGCCAAAAAUAAGGAAAAGCAAAAUAUCAAUCAUAUAGUAGAUCCAUUUAUAUCUUCAGAGAAAGUAGAUGCUAACAAGCUCCUUAGUUACUCUGAAACAUCAGAUGUACAGAAGCAGUUUCAAUAUCCCUGCAUCAUAAAAUUUGACAACGUCAUAGGUUCUAUUGGCAAAAGCUUGGUAACAAAGAAAUUAAUACCAGACGAAAGAAAUUGGAUUCCCUAUUUAAGAAAUACAUUAGAAGAUUCCAAUAGGAUAUAUAUGUCUUCAAUUAGAAAAAAUGUUGCAGAAUUUAUUGAACCAUUUAUUGAUAAGUAUACUUUAAAAACUGAUAAUGAUAAUAAUAUACCUGAAGUAAAGCCUAUUAAUAAGGUAUUUGAAAAAUAUUUGGUCAAGUGGACUUUGCAUUGCGAUAAAAAUUUUGAUAUCAUCAAAGCAGAAUCAAAAGAUGCUUCAGACGAAGUAAAUUUUCGCCCAAAUUAUCAUAAUUCGCCGACAACAUUUGCAAUAGAAGCUUUUUGUUUAGAUAAUGAUGACUUAGUUAUUUAUGGAGAGUUGUGUUUACUUAUUUGGACAUUUAGUGCAAAAAAAAAAAUACAGAUGAUUUAUUGUUGGCAUAUUAAUCCUAAUGAUCAUUCGAUUAUUAAAAGUCUCUCUUCGAAUUCUUUAAAUUCAAAGGGUUAUUUCCUUCCAGCACCAAGUGAAAGUUUCAUUAAACGUAUAUCAUUUUAUCAGCCGGAUAUGACUAUAAGAUAUUUAAUUGAGGAAUUACUUGAUGAAUAUAUUCGUAAUGAAUAUUUUUUAAUACUUUAUGGAGAUGAACUCAUGAAAUUUUUUAUUGAUAACGGUAAAGAUGUCCAAUUACGAAGAUUAUGUAAUAGAUGCAUUAAGCUUGUUUUUGAAAGUGAUGAAUCUCCUCCAAAUAUACAAUUAUUUAGAAUAAUUUCUCAGUCACUUACUAAAAUAUCUGAAAGAAAUCCAACAUACUUUGAUGAUUUUAUUAUACGAAUCUCAUUUUUGUGUGUUUUCGACAGAUCAUAUUUAGAAUCAACUUUGGAAGAUAAAAUUCGUCUAAAACAUCUUCACCAUUAUGGAAGCUACAAUGGUAUAAUAGAUAUUCUUAUGAAAAAUUAA